UUUGCUGCGAUUCUUAUCGUUCUAGCCCAGCAUAAAGCUCAACUCAAGAUGCGUCUUCCCGAGGUGGCCGUGGCUUCUGCGUCUCACUCGUCUUAUGCCUCGCCAGCGCGUAACAGCAACAACACCCGAUUUCUUCGUCCGUCCGCCGGUACACUCCUUCCCCCUUCUGCAACUGACGGAGGCUCGGGCGGGUGGACGCUGCCGCCUCUGAACCAUUUCAUGACGCUUCCCAGGCGCUUUAUGCCCUCGAGUUUUGGCGCCUCCAUAGACAGCAGCACAGCCAGUAGUCCCGGUAGCAGUGGAACAGAGAUAGAUAACAGAAACAGGAUCAGAAACACGCUCGGAUCCACUGCCAACGGGGCCGCUAUGGAUAAUUUACUUAAUGAUGAGGACGAGGACCAGGGAACGCGCAACCACUUCGUUGUACCCCGCACAGUGCACUUACAGGACGACCAAGAUCUGAAUGACACAGAUACAGGCCCAGUACAUCAGCCAGAAGAGAUCGACCUUACUGUCUCGUCAGAUGAGGGCGAAAACGGCGGCCACGACGCAGCAGAUAGCGGUGACAUCAUCGAGAUUCUGGACUCUUCGGGUGUUUAUCAACCAGCGCCUUUGCCCCGAAAGCGACGUCGAUCAGGAGCCAACAGAGUACUGGAGCUUAAACGCCAGCGCGUGACGGACACGAGAAGUGCCGAGUCUACCAAUAUCAGUAUACAGAACAGUGAAGUGGUGGAGGAAUUCAAGCGACGACUCAAGUGCAGCAUUUGCCUGGAUGUAUUGGAAGACAUGACCUCCACAUUAUGUGGACAUAUAUUCUGUGCCGGCUGCAUCCACCAAGCGAUCCGAGCCAGUGGGAAGUGUCCACUGUGCCAGCGUCAUCUUCAUCUCAAGGACACACAUCGUCUAUUCUUCUGAAGAGUUUGGCCAAGGGGAACGCCUUCCAGGUCAGUAUAUUUCAUUUUUAUUUGACGUCGGGUACUAGAAUUCCAUGGCUGCAGACACUCGAUCGCCUGGUGCUCCUGCUUCUGCUGUUACUGGGGCUGCGGAGUAAAACUGAUUGAAGUUUAACCGGAGUAGGAGACACUACGCAGCAAGUAGCAGCACAGGCGUCAGCACAUUAGAGUGCCAUAUUUUUUCUAUCAACAUCUCUAAAUCACGCGUGUAUGCGCAGGAACAGUAAAUCAAAGCAAGGGCCAAACAGUUCACGUACCUCUGAAAACUCUCGAGUGUUUCUAUCCACAUCACGAGUAACGCUUUGCAGACUGCUAACCAGAACUCGGAGCGCGACGUCGAACUCGUAGCACAACGCACGGAUGCGAGUCUCUUCGGAAAUCCUCCCUGUCACUUGCCUUUCUAAUGCCCUCACGAAUCCGGUCAAGCUCCAGGCUGCUGCGAGUGUGUCUAAGAAAGCCGAGCGGAUCUGUGAAAUACAAGCCACCCUCAUCAGCAUCAAAUAGAUCAAUCAAGACGCAGGAAGAGGUUAAGGCUUACUGUUAGUGCAGGUCUGUCCAGGAAGCAACAGAGAGUUGCAACCGAUACAUAUUCCUCGUGACAGUGACGCAGUUCCACCAGUGUUGUUGCUGCCUGUACUGCAUGCUCGAGUUUGGACCACGCCAUCAUUAACACCUACCACAAUUCUCGUUGAAUGCCCGGAGGAAGGCCUGCAUCUUGUAGACUACGCCCCCACAUUGCCGCUCAAGCGAUGAAGAUAGUUGUCCUUGUGCGCGGAUACUUCGCAACAACCCCCAAGCCUCUCGCAUUUCCAAUGAUGUCAGUC